CUGUGCUUUGAAAAUUACUUCAUCUGGCUGGCAAAAAAAAAAUUUUCCUAAAUUUUACGUUUAAUUCUUGUCCUGCUUUAUAAGGAGGCAAUUCCAAAAUGUCUUCGGUGCUGCAUCUACUGGGUUUCUUGUGGCUUCCUUUGCUGGUUUAUAGUGCAGCCAAUGAUGUGGGAGGAUUGCAGAAAUGUACAGAGCUUCUAAACACACAAAAGCUGGUCUACUGUUGUGGCAAGUCCUUUCUUGAUAAGUUCCCGUUUGUUGGCAGCAAUUGCACACCGUUUUGGGAUGACUAUGGUCCUUGCCGCUAUGAAUGUCUGUAUAGGCACUGGGACCUCCUAGAUCAGGAUAACAAGAUCAAGAAACCAGAGCUAUACAUGAUGAUCACCAGCCUCUACAGCCCCUUGAAUGGUUAUGAUAAAUACGGAGCCGCCUUGAAGGCAGCUCACGAGACUUGCGAAGCUCUGGGCUCCAGACACGCCGACUUUCUGCUGCUCUACUCCAACCAGGUGGCGGAUAAGAUGGGCAUGGCUUCCUCCACCUGUUUGCCAUAUGCCAUGCUCCAUGCUCAGUGUACCAUGGUAUACCUUACUGCCAACUGUCCCCGUGAGAACUGGAUAGAGGAUCCGAAGUGUAAUAGUCUGCAAAAAUUGCUGUCAAGUUGCACAAAGAAACUGGACGAAAAGACGAAUGCACUUAAGGGAAAGGAUGAGGAGCUAACGGGUAACGGGUGUGACCAUGUAGAUACAGAAGGACCCCAUCUGCUCAUGGCCAGUUUUCUGACACUGAUGGUCUCCAAGUUCAUAUCGGAUCAGUAAUUAGGGAUUACCUAGAUUUGUUU